AUGACGGGAUUCAAUCCGGCUUACGACGUCGACGUCGCCGACGAAAUCCUGUCGCCGCCGCCUCUGAACGCCGAGAAGAUGCAGAGAAGAAGAAGAAGCGGCCCGUUCCGUAUAUUCAGGGCGGCGCUGCACAUUCUGCGCAAGCGCACCGACGAAAAGGAGGCGGUGACGAUGAAGAAGGAGAAGAGCAACGGCGGCGGCGACUGGAAGAACAUCGUGCAGUCGAUGCGGCCGCUGCACGUCCCGGCGUCUCCGUCGCGCGGCGGAUUUGACGGAUCGGCUUCACCGGCGCCGUCGUGCUCUGGAUCGUCGUGCGGAACGAUGAGCCAGUACGCAUCGGCGACGAAUCUGCGGGAUCUGUGUAACGAGGAUGAGGAAGAGCAGCGAGAUCCGGAUGAGGUGUUUGACGCGAUUGAAGGAGAUGAGUUGAUCGACGCCAAGGCGGAUGAAUUCAUCUCUCGAUUUUAUAAAUCGAUUCACCACCAAAACUCGAUCCACCCGCCAGGAUAGGGGAGUUUAAUUGAUCAAAUUUCCAUCUGCUUUGAUUUGUGUUGGAGGUGAGCAUUCAGUAGAAAAGGAAUGCUUCAUUUGAUUCAUAUUUAGCACACAUAUACAUAUAUAUAUGUAUAAAUUAUAAUGUACACGAACUCGACGUAUACACGUAGGUAUGUGCGUGGUUUGGUCCAUCACUGUAUUUCGCAUGAUCGUAACAUGAAUA